AUGAAAACUAAUUAUUUUAUAUUAUUUUUAUCUUAUUUUAUUUCAAUAACAACAGCAUUACAGUUUGUAAAUUUGGAGGUUUACAAUGACCCACAAUGCACCUCAAAAGAAACAGCUGUAUACGGUGUAGGUUAUUCGGCAGUUAUAGAUACAUGCACUACAUUGGAUUAUCAAAAUAACUUUAUAUUUACAAUCGAUAAGGAAUCGCAAAGUGUUGUAUGGAAAAAGUAUUUAUUUUAUGAUAUGGAAAAAUGUGAUUCAAGUGUCGGUAGUCCAAAAUCAUUUAAAAUCAAUUCAUGUGUUCCCCAAAAUCAAAUAACAUUAAACCAAGCAAUGUCCGCAGAUGAUAAAGAUUAUUAUUUUAAAGUAACCGUAUCAUCAUCUCCAGUUGUACAACCAAAUUCAGCAUCCAUCUCAUUUAUGAGAGAUAGCUGUGAACCCGAAAAUAUACUUUUAUCAGAAUAUGUCAUCAAUGGUACAAAUACCGAUUCAUUGAACGGAUUAACUUUAUUUUAUUACUGUAUCAACCAAGCUCCAUAUUAUGUAACCUGUUUAAAAAAUGAAUGCCACGAUCCAGUACCAUUGUUACAAAUUUGUGUUCAAACAGUUCCUUUUUAUAACUCCUCUUCAUCCAAUAUCUUAUCGAGCUCUGGUGGUACCGGUAUUUAUAGCGGCAGUAAUAGCGGUAGUUUUAGUGGUAAUCAUGCAAGUGGAGGUGGCUCUAGUGGUGCAAGUGGUUUUUCAAGUGGUGGUGGUAGCUCAAGUGGAAAGGGAAACAAUCUUGACCAAGAGUUAAAUUCGUCAUCAAAUCAAAAAUAUUAUUUCCAACAUUAUUGCUCAUAA